ACUCGUCCACGAUGCUCUGUAUGUCACUGAUUCAGUGAUCUUUUAAGCGGUAGUCUCACGACCCGGAUAGUAAACAAUAAACAUGGAGGACAUGGAGUCGUUAGUGUUGCUGGUCUUGGUGCUGUGGCUUGUUGUCACCGACAACGCCAACAGAUACUGGCAAGAGCGUAUAGAUGAGGCGAGGCGCAUAAGGCUUCAGAAAUUCUCGUAAUUCAUAAUUAUUCUCCUUCCGGGUUUGCGGUGUUUACAGAUCCCAGCGCGCUCGCGGGGCGUGUGUGGGCAUGUGAGGACACGCCUCCUCACCAAUCAGUGCACAGGGGAGUGUCUGCUCACGCCCCCAACCUCAGUCGGCACGGCUUGGCUCGCUUCAGCCCCACUCCAAAACGGUGCGAGUUUUAGGGGCUAAGCAGGGCUGAAACGAGCUGAGUCGUGCUGGUUUUUGGUAGUCGAAACGCGAGCCGUGUCGGGCUGAAGUGAGCUGAAGCGAGCUGAAGUGAGCUGAAAAAGGGUAGUGGAAAAGGGCCACAAGAGGCUACAACAGGACGUCCCGACGUGCUGGAAUAGCACAUUCCUGAUGAUGACAUCUCUACUGGAACAGAAGCGCGCACUGGUCAUGUACGAUUCUGACCACGGACUGCCUGUAUCUCUCGACACAAACCAGUGGAGUCUCAUUGAGAAAAUGACCACACUCCUGGCACCGUUUGAAGAAUUGACGAGAGAGAUUAGCUCGCAUACAGCUACAGCUGCUGACGUGAUCCCGUCUGUUGUGGCACUUAAGCGUUUUCUGAACAAGACAGCCAAAACCGACAGUGGGGUGAAAACAACCAAGUCUGCACUGCUUGAAGCUGUGAACAAGAGAUUUGAAACCACUUUUUCCGAGCAAAUCUACUACUUGGCAACAAUCCUGGACCCCAGGUAUAAAGAUCGCUACUUUGAUGCAGAUCUCAAGCAAGCAUUGAAAAACAAGCUAGAGAAAGAAGUGGACAAGAUGACAGCAUCAGUGACAACCAGCACUUGUGCCACAGAUGGGCCUACACCAAAGGCAGAAGACGCCGAGCUAGAAGGUGAACCACAAAAAAAGAGGAUGUGUACGCCAAGUGAAGGGCAUUCGUUCCUGGACAUGUUCAAUGAAAUCCUGGAGGAAAAGGAGCAGAAUGAACAGGCAACAGGUCCAACGAGUUUGCAGGUGCAUGGUUACCUGAGUGAGCCCACCAUCCCCCGAAACAUGAGCCCACUGCAGUACUGGCAAAGCAACAUGAGCCGCUUCCCUGCCCUCGCCCCAGUGGCACGCAAGUACCUGUCUGCUCCAUGUACUAGCGUGGAUGGUGAACGUCUCUUCUCUGCUGCUUCAAAUGUUAUCAGUGAAAAGAGAAAUAGGAUCGGUACAGAGAGAGCAGAAAUGCUCCUGUUUGUUAAGCACAACAUUUGUCUGCUUUCAAAGCCCGGAAAGGCCAAGGUUUAG